GGUUUGUUGACCGACGGGGGCCCGGUGGACUUCCUGUACGCCUGCGAGGGGCCCGGAGUCGAGUUUGCUGUACCUUGCGUGCUAGAGCUGAGGGUUGUCGACUACCUGUACGUUGACUGUGCACUGCCGGUCGCUAUGGCAUCCCCUAGGAAGAAGCAGGACCAGUAUGACAUCAGCGACGAUGAGGGUAUGGGAGACAAGGCCAAAAAACCCAAGACUGAGGGGAGCUUGGUGACCUUGGAGAUGGGAGCGCUUAGAGCUCUGCUGCAGGAACAGUCUGAGCAGAUCACCAAGGCCCAGCAGCAGAACAUGGAUGCCGCGCUGCGCCGUAUGGAAGACAAACACCAGGCGCUCUUCAGCACAAUGCACUCCCGUUUGGACCAGACGGACACUAAGGUCGAGGACUUGCAAAGUGUGGUCACUCGGCUGCAGGACCGAUUGACUGCCUUGGAAAAACGCCCGUCCCCUAGCACCACCAGUACGUCUGAGGGAGCAGAUAGAGACAGGAGCCGCACGCUGGUGUAUGGUGGCUGGGAGAGAGGGACUCGGAGGCCGGUCAUACUGCAAGACUUGGCCCGAGCACUUAAGCAGCUGGGCCUUGAGGAGCAGAUCGACAGCGAAGCUUUCACUACGGGGCCAAGGAGAUCAGUGGCGUUGAUGCACUUUCUGCUUCGACGCGAUGAAACUCACGAGCAGCUGCGUCAGCGCAUGCACCAAGUGGUUAAAGGCUUUGUGGAGGUGCAACCCCACAGCAGCCAGCAGAAGCGGAUGUGGUGCUCCUUUAGCAAGCCUGUGGAAGUGAGGCGCAAGGGCGCGCAUGCAGCAUGGAUGAAGCGAGCCCUCACCCACAUGGAAACGGACUUCGCGGCGAAGAUGGUUGAUUUCGAGUACCACUCAGGGUCGGUUUGGGUAGCGGAUGCACAUGUCGCAGGUGUUGAGCCAGCUGACUCCGGCAAAGAUCCCAAGGGGCUGUACGUUGACGACAAGAACCCAGACCGCCCUUGGUUCGACCUCAAAUCUCUGGCGCGUGUCCUUGGCAGGCCCCAGGCGGCUGUCGAAGAGGCGAUUCAACACACUCGCCGCUGA